AUUGGAAUCUUAAUUAGUGCCACCCCUCUCUUUUUCUCUCUAUCCAACUAACUGAUAUACCUGUCUAUCUAAAUUCAUCAAAAUUCUCAUCAUACUUUCUUAUGUUUAAGCCCACUGCUGCUAACAUCAAGAUCAACCACCCUAAUUACAUUCUAAUCCUAUUCCUUCUUCCAUCUCUCUGUUUCUUGAAAUCAUUUGAUAAUAGUAAUUGUUAUUAUUAUUAUUAUUGUGAUCUCCAAUCCAAAUGUCACUAAAUUUCAAUGCCUCUGUUCUGUUUUUGUUCCUCCUUAAAAUAGGGGUGGCUUUUCCAGGUAAUUAAAUGUAUAAUCUUCACAAUUUGGGCACAUAUAUAAUUCUUCAUUUAUUGAUAAAAGUUUGUUUGUUUUUUCAUUUGCAGGAGUAAUGGGUGCUAAUUUUAUGGUGAUUAACAAAUGUGAUUAUACAGUAUGGCCCGGAAUUUUGGGUAAUGCGGGCAGUGCCGGGUUGGGCAGUACCGGAUUCGAACUUCCACCGGGCGGGUCUCGGGCCUUUCAAGUCUCUUCGAGCUGGUCGGGUCGGAUCUGGGGCAGAACCGGCUGCGCAUUUGAUGCCGGAACGGGUCAGGGGAGCUGCGCCACCGCCGACUGCGGCUCCAAUCAAAUAGAGUGUAAUGGCGCCGGCGCGAUACCGCCGGCGACACUGGCGGAGUUCACGAUCGGAAAUUCGGGGAGCCAAGACUUCUACGACGUCAGCCUGGUCGACGGGUACAACUUGCCGAUGCAAGUGGAGGCCAUUGGCGGGUCUGGGGCAUGCGGGUCGACGGGGUGCGCGGCGGACUUGAACCGGAUGUGCCCGGAGGCGCUGCGGGCAAAGGAUGGGCAGGCGUGCAGCAGCGCGUGCGAAGCGUUUGGGAGUCCGGAAUACUGUUGCAGCGGCGCGUAUGGUUCACCUUCCACGUGUAAGCCGUCGUCGUAUUCGGCGAUGUUCAAAACGGCUUGCCCGAGAUCGUAUAGCUACGCGUACGAUGACGCCACCAGCACUUUUACCUGUUUGGGAGCCGAUUAUAAGAUUACGUUCUGUCCUUCAACCACAAGCCAGAUGCAAAGAUCCUCCUCUACACCUGUACAAUUGCCCUCUCCGGUCAUCGGAAUAUCCUCGGUGAGUGCACCUCCGGCGGUCAACCAAACUACCGGUGUUUUGGACCCCGGACACCAGGAUGGAUUGGUGAAUGGAUGGAUUCGAGGAAUCAUAAGAGGAGAAUCAUCAUCAUCGGCAAAAAUGUCACAUUUUGCCUUGCAUUACAAGUCACCAUUAACAGCACUGCCCCUACUCAUGCUCAUUUUUCUUCACUUGUAAUGUAAUUAAAGUAACUCAUUCUUGAUUUCCCAUUCUUCCAUUUGUAUAAUAUAAUCCAUAGACAUGAUGACGUUGGAGGCACGUUUGGGAAAAAGCUCCCAAUUUCAAUCAUGCAUGUAUAAAAUUAUCUAAUUGGUUGGCAAACUUGUGAAGUCUCGCAUACAUAUCACAGAUUCACAGUAUGUCUAUAGAUUUGUGAGAUUGAAUCAAGCUACAUGGAAGGAAAAUGUUAUACUCCGUACUUCGUAUUUCCGUAUGUGAAUGAGUUAGAAUUUCAC